AGAAACUUACCGUUUGACAGUCGGGAACCGGGACUUAGUUGAUGUGUACAUACCCUUAUUCAACACGGCUUGGAAAGAUGGACGCCACAAAGGUCGCAAAGGCCGGAAAUAUAGCAGGGCUUGCCCGCAUUUGCAGGCUGUGCUCCGGGCUCCGGGUUUAAUGGGACCACCGGACACGGGCCCGAUGCCAAAAGAUCAAUCAAGCCCCGCGGCUCAUGCUCAAUCGCUGCAUCGGCGUCAGCUUCGGGGCUGGGUCGGGCUUAGCCGAGUCGGUGUACUUCCAUGGACACAAGGCGUCGGUCGACUGCUAUGCUACCACUGCAUUGAGUCUGGUGGUUAUUUCUAACUGGGUAAAAUGAAAUAAAAAACAACAACUACCCGGCCAACUACCUAUACACGCAGCUUUACAAACAUGCCCAGCCAGACGCUUACAAGAGGAUGAAACCACCCGGCUUCGGGUUGGCCACACAGUGAUAUAGCAGGUAUCGAUUGGUAACUCUCCUUCCUUGCCGCUCAAUGACCGAAUAGAAACCGCCGAAACCAGUAUUUUCCCAAGGGUCCUGGUGUCUGAGCGGCGCAGGGACUGGGAAUAAGAGGUCAGACGAGAUUAGGGCCGCGAAUAGGAACAAGAGUGUGCCCCACAUCUCACACAACCACUCGUUGGGCUUAGAAAUCACGACAUCGACGGCACCGGGGCCGAAAGGUUCGCGGUCAAGAUUAUUCAGCAAAGCGGCUCCAUGGUGCGUCUUCAUCACGGGUAGUUUGACCUCUGUUGGUUCGACAACUGUGAGAAGGGGUUGGAAGAAUGCCGGCGGUGGAUCAGACCAAAUACAAAACGGGCCGGAUGCCCCCUCCUCAGGGCUUCCUGCGAGCCAAGCCAUCGAGUGUCUUGAUCGCGUGCUGCUGCACUUUUCGUCUACUGCUUAUCGUGCCAAAAGAAACUGCGUUCUUCUAGGCCUCUUUUUCAGGUCACUUAAAGACACAAUCGGAAAUCCACAGCCAUGGCCGCCAUCCCUAAAACCCAUAAGGCCGUUGCGACGCCCGCCAAACGCGCGCCACUCCUUCUCAUCGACCGCGAGACCAGGCUCCCUGGCGAAGGGGAAGUCCUCAUACAGAACCAGUGGACGGCCUCGAGCCCUCUUGACCUCCAUCGCGCCGACGGUGGUCUCCUCUGCACGUACCCGGAGGUUAUGGGCGGCGGCGCCGCGGGCACCGUUGUCGCCGUCGGGCCGGGCGUCGAACGCCUCCGGGCUGGAGACCAGAUCUUCACCUUUUCGUUCCACGAGUUCGGCGAACGCGCGCACCAGGACUUCGCCACGGUGCCAGAGUACUUGGUCUCCAAGCUGCCGACCAACGUCACACCCCAGGAGGCCGCGACGGUGCCGACGAACCUGAUCACUGUGUUCCACGCCGUGACGGCGGAUCUAGGGCUGGAGCUGCCGUGGCCGAGGCCGGCAGGCUGGGAGCCCAAGGAGAAGGAUGAUGCGGUGCUUGUCUGGGGUGCCGCGAGCAGCGUGGGCGUGUAUGCAGUGCAGGUCCUGCGGCACUGGGGGUACCGGAACAUUGUGGCUGUGGCGAGCGAGAAGCACCAUGCCCAUCUCAAGGAGAUUGGCGCCAGGGAAACAUUCAGCUACCGUGACGACGACAUCGUGGACAAGCUUUUAGGGUUCGUCGGCCCCGAAGGGGUGCCGUUCGUGCUGGAUUGUAUUGGCUCCGUCGAGGGUACGCUUAGGCCGUUGGCCAUGAUUGCGCGUAAGGGAACAAAGGUCGCCGUCAUGCUUCCCGUCAUCGUUCGGGACUCGACGGAGGAUGUCGAGCCCGAGUACGAGAUGGACGUAAGUCGAGUCCUCGCCGACGAGUGGGCCGAAGGCGUCGAGCUGCGCGGAGUGAGGACGCAUUUCUACUUGGCUAACGGAUUUUUCAAGGAGAAGAUGCAGAGAGAGAUUGUGCCCACGCUCCUAGAGCAGGGGCUCAUCAAGCCGAACAAGCAGAAAAUUGUCGAGGGCGCCACGAUGCUGGAGCGGGCGCAAAAAGCGAUCGAACUGCUGAGGAGGAAAGACCCCAGCGGAGAGCGUCUUGUGUGGAAGGUAUCGGAUCUGAAGCUGUAAAUAUCAAGAUUGAUCAUAAUCGCCCAGACACCUCACAGCGAGGACUCCGGACAAUAAAUGAAUUUAGUGGAAC